AAGUAUAUUUCCAAGAGGUGUGGAGUAUAGGUGGGCUGAACAGCUCAGACUGCUUUAUAAAACGAGAGCCCUGGGGCAUCUGCACUUCACUAUUCUUCUUUGUCCCAGCAGCUCUUCUGCUUUACCAGCCACAUCACCAGGACAGCAUGGCAUUCACAGGCAAAUAUGAAGUAGAAAGCGAUGAGAACUACGAUGACUUCAUGAAGAAGAUUGGUAUCCCAAAUGACAUCAUAGAAAAGGGAAGGAAUUUCAAAAUAGUCUCUGAGGUGGUACAGAAUGGAAAUGACUUCACCUGGUCGCAGCAUUAUCCAGGAGGCCACUCCACGACCAACCAAUUCACAAUUGGCAAGGAAGCAGAUUUGGAGACAGUAGGUGGUAAAAAGUUCAAGGCAACUGUUAAAAUGGAAGGUGGCAAAGUAGUAGCUGAUUUUCCCAACUAUCAUCAUACUGCAGAGAUUUCUGGAGGAAAGCUGGUAGAGAUUUCUACUGCUGGUGGUGUAACCUACAAAAGAAUCAGCAAAAAGAUUGCUUAAGGCAGUAAAGCCAGUCUUCCAGUGCACUGAGAAAUAAGCAACAAUACAAAUUAAUAAAAUACAG